GGCGACCCGGCGCCCGGGGGCUGCUGAGGCGGGGAGCCGAGAGCUAACGGACGGGAGGUAGCGGAGCCGAGCGAAGGCUGCGAGCCUGGUGCGCCCCGGCCCGGCCCGGCCCGGCCCGGCCCGCCGCUCGCCCCCUCCCCUCCCUUCCCCUCGCCGCGCCUCCUCCCCUCGCCUCUUCUCGCCUCCUCUCCUCUCCUCCGCCCGGCGCUGCUCCCGCCUGCGCCCGGGCCGCCGAACCCAGCCCUGCCGGAGCCCCCGGCUUCGCGCGCUCUCGGCUGGGCCCGGCGGGGACCGGGUCCCCGCGGCUGACACCGUCCCUCCUCGGGGACCCGGCGGAUUCCGGACCUUUCGGAACGUGAACUGAGCCGUGGGAGCGAUCUUGCCCAGGGCCGACCGCGGGGCUAGGCUGAGCUGACCCUCGCGGCCGCUCCGGACGCCGCGGGUGCCGGGGCGCGGACGUUCUGGGUCCGAGCUGAGCGCGUCCCGGGCUCCCGGCGGUGCCAGCUCACUCCGGGCGGGGUAGGGCAGGGCAGACCCCAGCGGAGCCCGGACCCGGCCGAUCUGGACUGGACAAAGCGAAUCCUGGACGGUGCAGAGCCCGGGGAAUGCCGGGCGUGGGCUGAGGGGAUCCCGGCGCCCUCCCAGCCCUCCGACUUUGGCUUACGCGCUGGGACCGGCCCGGCGUCUCCUCGGCCUCCCCGCGCCCCGGUCACUUGUGGCCUCGGAGUCCCGUACCUGCCGGACCCUCGCUCAUCCCCGACCCCGAGCCUGGAGAGGCUUGAGAAAGAUUUUUCCUGCCCCCUUCCCUGGAGCGCGGAGGCCCCGCCCCCUCCCACCGCCCAGAUGUCUCCGGUCACUGCUCGGAGGACCUCCCUGAGGCCCGGGGCCGAAGGGUCCAGAGAGAGAAGCCCGCCCUAGGGAGCCUUGGGGGCCCCCCAACCCCGUCUUGGGGCUUGGCCCCCGACGCUGCUUGGAGGGAAGGCCGGUGCCCCCACCCUCGGGGGCUGCCCUCUUCCAAUCCAGCUCCCCCCCAGAGCUGCCCAUAUCCGGAGCCCCUUCCACAUCUGGAAGACCCUGGCCACCAUCCCUCUGCAGGUGUCAGUUGUAUCCAGAGACCUCUGCCUUUGCAACUGUCUAGGAGUUGUGAGGGGAUCCCUGCUGCCUUCCCCCAUCCCAAGGGCAUCUCUUACCCUUAGUCCCUGCAGAGUCAUCCCCCUGCCUCUGUGUUCAAGCUCAGGCAGAGAUCAGCUCUGCACACCCACAGGCACUUCAAGACCUGGAGGCCACUCCUGGGACCCAAGGUCCCUCCCCCUGCUCUCCUGUGUCCUCACCUUGACCCCCUCUGCCAGACUCUGUCUCCCUCUGGGUGUCCCACUCCCCACCCAGAGGCAGAGGAGGCUGGGUGGCAGGGGGCAGGGGCUGGUUGAGGGCCGCCCAGGGCCAGGGUGGGCUGGGGGGCCGUUAAGAUGUGGAGCUCUGCCCAGCCGAGGGGGGCUCCGUGGAGGCAGACGCAGCGUAUGCCCAGCUGGGGGGAGUAUGGGCAGGCCUGCGGCCACGUGGUAAACGAUGAACAUUCGGGGCGCCCCGGACCUCGGGCAGCCCAGUGACGACCCCAGCAGUGGUGGUGAGCGGGAGCGGAUUCGACAGCGCAUGAAGAUGGUCAUCGGGCAGCUUGAGGGCAUCCUUCGCGAGCUCAAGGAGGUGGCCAAGGAGCUGAGGGAGGUGGUGAGCCAGAUCGAUAAGCUAACCUCAGACUUCGACUUUGAACUGGAGCCGGACGACUGGACCACGGCCACUGUGAGCAGCACCUCUAGCAGUGACAAGGCGGGCGUGGGCGGCCCCUUUGACCUGGGCCACCUGGACUUCAUGACAGCUGAUAUCCUCUCAGACAGCUGGGAGUUCUGCUCCUUCCUGGACGUCUCUACCCCCUCGGACUCCGUGGAUGGUCCCGAGUCGACUCGGCCAGGGGCUGGCCCUGACUACCGCCUCAUGAAUGGUGGCACGCCCAUCCCCAAUGGGCCACGAGUGGAGACCCCAGACUCCUCCAGCGAGGAGGCCUUCGGUGCUGGCCCCGCGGUGAAGAGCCAGCUGCCCCAGCGGACCCCAGGGACGCGGGAGAGGGUGCGGUUCAGUGACAAAGUGCUCUACCAUGCUUUGUGUUGUGACGAUGAGGAGGGGGAUGGUGAGCAGGAGGCAGAGGAGGAAGAGGUGGGCUUGCCCCCCGAGCCUGCCCAUACAGAGGCCCACGCAGGCCCCCACAAGCCCUCCCCAGCCCCCUACAAGUCACGGCGCUCUCCACUGACCAGCCGCCACUCGGGCUCUACCUUGGCCCCUGAACAGACUCGAAGGGUCACGAGGAACAGCAGCACCCAGACAGUGUCAGACAAGAGCACGCAGACGGUUCUGCCCUACACAGCCACUAGACAGAAAGCCAGGGGGAAAAACUAGGGGCCGGGGAGGGAGCCGGGGGCGGUGGGCACAUAGAGCUAUAAAUAUAUAUAUAUAUAUUUAAACAAAUGAAGUCAUAAUAAAAUUUAAAAAUGCUAAGGAUCCGGCCCCACAGGCCCCAAAGCUUUCACAGAGCUCCUCUUAGACACGAAGAUGCCCACUGGCCUCCGAGGUCCCAGGAGGUAUGGGCAGGACUGCCCUUCCUCCCUUCUCAUUGCAGGGCUCCUGAAGGGGGUGUCUGAACGUAUGUAAAUCUGAUGGGAGGUCUGAUCCUCCUUUUGCUAGCUCCUGAACUCCGUGGUGGAGUCUGGCAGCUGGCCAGGGCCAUGUCCUAGAGGGGACUCCCCUGCAGGAGGCAGGCUCUAAAGGGAGUGGUGUCCCUUUAGGCCAGGGUUCACAGUCGGGGUGGUUUGGAGACUGCAGGACUCAGGGCCUGGGGGUGGCAUCACUCUGGCCAGGCCUUGCAUCCCUUGCACCCGCCGUCCUUCUACUCCAAGGCAGACUUACUCGGCUAUACACAGUCCUGCCUCACCCCCUUCCAUCUUAGGGUUGCCUGGGACAUAGGGGAAUGGCAAGCUGCUCCCAUGGCACAGGCCUCCGUGCUGGGAUGCUGGGCAUCCACAGAGCCUGGAGGAUUGCCUGGGCUGGGCAGGGGUUUGAUUGGAGGGUCUGGACCACCCCCAAUCCUUUCAGCUCCCAUUCUCUCUCGGCCUGAUCCUGAGACCAAGACCAAAACCUCAGGGCAAAGCCUCAGCCAGCCCUGGCGUGGCCCUAAGCAGACCUGAGAUCUGUGCUAGGAAGUAGGCAGCCACUUCCAUGGGGCUACAAAUUAGGGCCAUAGACAGGCUCCUGGCCACCUUCACCAGGUGGGCAGCCUUGGAAAGGAGCCCAGUGACCCCUACUCUGUCCCGACGUCUCCACACCCAGCCCCUGAGCCCACCUCAGCAGGUCCUGAACAAAGAUGAGGUUACAGCCUGGAGGCACCAGGGCUUCAUCAGGGGCAUGGCCAGCACAGGGACAGCAGCUGAAUAUCCUUGGGAUAAUAAUCACAAUUAUAUUGCUCACAUUUAUGGAGCAGGUCACUUUGCUACUUCUAUGCCGAAUACUUUUUAUAGCAGCAUCUCAUUUAACCACCACAAUAACCUGACAAGACAGGAAGUAUUAUUAUCCCCAUUUUUCUUUUUCUCUUUUUUUUUUUUUUUUUUUGAGAUGGAGUCUCGCUGUCACCCAGCCUGGAGUGCAGUGGGGCGAUCUUGGCUCACUGCAACCUCCACCUCCCAGGUUCAAGCAAUUCUCCCACCUCAGCCUUCACAGUAACUGGGACUACAGGCGUAUGUCACCACGCCUGGCUAAUUUUUGUAUUUUUAGUAGAGACCAGGUUUCACCAUGUUGGCCAGGCUGGUCUCGAACUCCUGACCUCAAGUGAUUCAUCAGCCUCGGCCUCCCAAAGUCCUGGGAUUACAGAUGUAAGCCACUGUGCCCCACCUAUCCCCAUUUUUCAAAUGAGAUGAUUGAGGUUCAAAGUAGUUCGGUACCUGCCCCAAAGCCACAAAGCCUGUGCUACUCUGCACCCAAGAAUUAGUGGUUUCUAGGCUGUGCCUGGCUCUGCUAGCUAGCAGCUGUGUGACCUUGGCAAGUCUGCCUCUCUGAGCCUAUCUACCUCCUCUAUAUAAUGGGUCUGGUAGUCUUCACCUACCUCACCAGCUGCUGUGGAGCUCCGACAAGAUGGCGACUGUGAAAGCACUUGACAAACUGAAGGCACUGGACAUGGCUUGUGGUCAGUGUGGCCUCAACCCAGAUGUCCAGUGAUUUCCAGGGCACAGGGGCUUUGAGUGGGAUGGCCAAAGAAGAUACCCCCAUCCAACUGGGAGCCACCCCUGGGUCACAAACCCUCCAUUGCUUGGUCCCUCGCAGUAGCUCGAAGUCAGAAGUUGACUGCAGCUUGAUUCACAGUCCCUCGCUCAGAGCAGGGAGGUGGGACUGGCAGCACAGCAAAGACAUCGCUCCUUGGGGGCCUCCCUGUUGCACAUUUCAAUUAAGGCAGGUUUACAGCCCCCCAGCGUCUAUCCGGAGGGGGCCUGAGCAGCAGGCCUGGCAGCACCCACUGCUCCUGCCUGAGGAGGUGCUAUCCAGCCCCGGCCGUGGACAUACAGUGAGAUUGUACAGGCCAGUCUGGAGAGCAGUUGCAGGGGAUAUGAUCUGGACGAGACUGAGCAGACCUAGGAGGCUCUGCAAUGUAGAGCUUGUUCCUCAAGCUCAUGGUGAGAUUGGAGCCCUAAAGAGUUAGCCAGGGUGCAGCCGCCAGGGUGCAGCCACCGGUGUGGAAAUCCAGGGACGGUACAGGCCAUGGCCAGCUCUUCCCAGCUCGCGUCUGAGAACCAGGGAUCUGAGCCCCUCUAUCAGCCCCAGGAAAUCCUCAGGCAUUUGGUGCUGAUCGGCGAUAGGGCUCUGGUUCAGAGGACGAGUGCCAGGGGCUCCUCUGGGGAGAGGGGCCAGCUGCAUUCCGCCCCACCCUGAGAGUGAGAAGGGGGCAGUCCCCAACCAGGAAUGGGCCCACCUAGUGCUGAGGAUGGACAUAACAGUUCUCCCUCUGAGGCUUGCAUUUCAUCUGUCAUGGCAAGAUCACUUUCAGGCUUAGUUUCUCAUCUUUUCAACAGUCAGGGAAAAGAAACCUAUGGAAUAGUUCCCAUUUCACAGAAGAAGAAACUGAGGGCCAGAGCUAGGGGUCUGUGACACAGCCAUGGGAUCCUCCACCCCACACUGGCUCUAUGUGACUCUGUGGUAGUGGCUAAUGUCCAUCAGUUGCCCCUGCUCCCCUGCCUGGCCGUUUGCCCCCAAAUGGGGCAGCGGUAGGAGUAUGUCCUGGAGGAGGGGGAAGUGGGAUAUAGGUAGUACUUGGCUAACUUCACAAUUUUGCUACACCCAGUCUGGGCCUCCUGACACAGUGGGAUCCCUGUGGCUUCCUUUUUUUUUUUUUUAGAUGGAGUCUCGCUCUAUCAUCCAGGCUGAAGUGCAAUGGUGCGAUUUCGGCUCACUGCAACUUCCACCUCUGGGGUUCAAGCGAUUCUCCUGUCUCAGCCUCCUGAGUAGCUUGGACUACAGGCACCCGCCACCACCCCAGCUACUAAGUUUUGUAUUUUUAGUAGAGAUGCGGUUUCACCAUGUUGGCCAGGAUGGUCUUGAUCUCUUGACCUCAUGAUCUGCCCGCCUUGGCCUCGCAAAGCACUGGGAUUACAGGCGUGGGCCACCACGCUUGGCCAAUUUUUGUUUUGUUUUGUUUUGUUUUGUUUUUCUGAGACGGAGUCUUGCUCCAUCUCCCAGGCUGGAGAGCAAUGGCGCGAUCUCAGGUCACUGCAACCUCUGCCUCCUGGGUUCAAGCAAUUCUCCUGCCUCAGCUUCCCAAGUAGCUGGAAUUACAGACACCCGCCAUCAUGCCCGGGUAAUUUUUGUAUUUUCUUAGAGAUGUAGUUUCACCAGUUGGCCCGCCUUGUCUUGAACUCCUGACCUCAGGUGAUACGCCUGCCUUGGCCUCAAAGUGCUGGGAUUACAGGCGUGAGCCACCGCACCUGGCCCCAGUGGCUUCUUCAGACUUGAAACACAAAAUGUGGCCAACUAGGGAUAGAGAGAAUUCUGACUUUCAACACUGCUGAGCCGUGGCAUGGGCUGCUUCUGGGUAGUGAGCUCCCUGUCCUUGGGGUAGACACAGCCAUCCCUUGGGUCCUUCCUCCAGACCUUCCAGUUACAGCCCUUUGCUGCUCUUCCCUGCCUCCAAACCUUUGCCAGUUUCUGAGUUUCUUUACCCAGGAUGUUCCAUCAGAUCUCUCUGCUUCCAGGAAGUCCUAUUCCACUGACCACCUACUGUGUGCACAGGCUUGUGCUGAGUGGUGCUGUGGAGGGGCAGGAGGGAGCUGGAACCUGGUGAUGGAGAGGAGUCAUAGCAUGAUGAAUAACUCAUGUCCACUGGGCACGUGCUAGGCACUGGGCAUUGUUCUAAGUGUAUGUCUUAUCUCACAGCACGUAUGAGAUAAGCAAUCUUACUUAUAUCUAAGUAGCUUCCAGAUGAGGAAACUGAGGCUCUGGGAAGUGAAGUAACUUGCCUAAGGAAACACAGGAUGGGCUAUGGAACCAGGAUUCAACCCCAAACACAGUGACUUAGCAUCAUCCACUGCAAACAUCCACUGCAGUUAAAAUGCCUGGAGUGGGUGGCCUGGUCACUGGAGGUGAGGGUGGGGGCUGGGUAGUCUGAGAGCCAGGCGGGUCUUCGGGGUGAGGGGAGUGUUGGGGUGAGGAAACAUGUGAACAUGCCUCAGUCUUUGGAGAACUUGAUUACUGUUAACCUGAAUGUCACCACUCCUGACUCGGAGACUGGCACCAAAUGGAUUAUGGGUUCAAUAAAUGUUUGUUGAAUGAAUAAACGAGCCCCAUUUGCAGAAGGGUA